CUUUCCAGCCACCAGUUGCAGUCGCGACCGCGAAAGCGGGCCGACAACAAUUUGUUCAACUCGUUUAUUUGACUAAAUUUUCAUCAACUAUUUAAAACAUAAAGAAAAAUUUAAUCUCUCAAUUAUUUUAUUACAAUGAACUUGUUAAAGAAAUUUGAAUUUUUUAUAAAAAAAAUUUUAUAAUUUUAUUUCAUAUGUGUUUUGUGGAGAAAUUGAGUUUUUUUUUUUCUUUAAUUUUCAAAAUGAAUUUAAAUAAUUUUUAACGGUGUGAUUUUUAGUGAUAUACAGAAAAGAAAUAAUUACAAAAAAGUCUGUGAAUAAAUCAUAAGUAUGGAAAACGUCAUUUUUGGAGUAGAAGGCGGCCCUGGAGAAGGAGCAGAUGAAGGUGGAAAUGUUAAGGAAUUGCAAGAACUUAGAAAUAGAUACGAAGGAAAGUUGACAGCAUCACUCUACACAGGAAUUUUCACGGUGUCUGUGGUUGCCACUCUUUCAGCACUCAUUGCCUUGUUCAUUUUUCACUCAGAUGAUAAAUUAGAUAUGUUGCAUAUAGCAACACUGACAACAAUGUUACUGUCAUCGGUGAUUCUUUUAAUUAUAACGCAAUUUCCAUCAACACUGAGCAGUACUCGCACGAGACUCAUCUUAGGAUCAAUAUCAUCCGCCAUCCUCGGAUUAGGAGUUUUAAUAAUGGGAGGAGCGAUACCAGCUUUUUGCAGCACUAUCGCUAUUGUCGCCGCUUUUCCAAGGAUCAAGAAACAUCGACCAUCGAUUAUAGGCUAUGUUCCAGUCAUUCUCUACAUAGCAAAAAGUUUCGUUAUUCUCGAUUUCGCCAAUUAUUAUCAGAUAGCAGGCGACACAUUUCUGCUAUUGGCAGCUUUGGUAGCAGGAUUCUAUUACAGGAUUCUCACGGCACGGGCGCAACGUCGAACAUUUUCUGGAACGAAAACUGUAAUCGAUUCUCGAAUAAAACUUGAAUGUGAGAGAGAGCAACAGGAGCAAUUAUUGCUCAGCGUGAUUCCAGCCUACAUUGCUGCGGAGGUGAAACGAAGCAUAAUGUUGAAGAUGGCCGAUGCCUGUCACGAGGUUAGUAAGCACAAACAAACCAGAUUUCAUGAGAUGUAUGUCCAACGUCACAAUAAUGUCAGCAUACUUUAUGCAGACAUCGUAAAUUUUACGCCAUUAUCGGAGCAACUCACCGCUUCGGAUCUUGUGAAAACUCUGAAUGAGCUUUUUGGAAGAUUCGAUCAAAUCGCUCAGGACAAUCAAUGCAUGAGAAUAAAAAUUCUUGGCGAUUGUUACUACUGUGUGUCAGGACUUCCAAUUUCGAGGCCAAAUCAUGCUUAUAAUUGCGUGAAAAUGGGAUUGGAAAUGAUUGAAGCAAUAAGAUUUGUUAGAGAAGCCACUGGAUUUAAUGUUGACAUGAGAAUUGGUAUUCAUACUGGAAAUGUUCUUUGCGGAGUGUUAGGACUUCGAAAAUGGCAAUUUGACGUCUGGAGUGAUGACGUUACUCUGGCUAAUCAUAUGGAAAGCGGCGGAUUACCAGGUCGAGUACACGUGACAAAAGCAACUCUACUUCAACUUGGAGAUCGUUUUCAAGUCGAACCGGGAGAAGGAGAAUCACGAGAAAAAUAUUUAGCCGACCAUAAAGUAGAAACAUAUCUCAUUGUACCACCCAAAAAAACAAAAGAAGAAAAAGAAUUAAAAAAUGGUGAUAGAGGACCUGGACCAAUACCCUCAAGAUCUAGACCAAGUAGCAAAAUGACAAAAUUAGGAGAAUAUUGGGGGGCUGACAAACCAUUUGCAAAUAUUACUGAGAAUACUUUAGCAAAAAAUAUAGGCCUAACAAGUAUUGCAAUGAUCGAAUCAAAUCUCCUGACAAAUCAUGCAAACUGCCUAAAUGUCAAACAGUGGUGUGAAGGUAGAGAAGGAAUGUCUACUCUGACAUAUUGGUUUAAUGAAACAAACCAAGAGGAUCACUAUAGAGAACAAAAAGAUGAACAAUAUCCUUGGUAUGUGACAAUUAGUAAUGUCAUAUACUGCGCAAUGUUUUUCGUUCAAGUCAUUUAUCUUCCUAAAUGUCCAACUGUAUAUAGCUGUUUUGGAAUUGGAUUUAUAACACUAUCAACUUUUACUUGUAUUUUUUGGUAUAUUGAAAAAAAUGGAGAAGAAGAAUCAGGAGCAAAAAUUGUAAAUAGAGGAAUUAGAAUAUCAAUUUAUUUAAUUACAGCCUCAUUAGCUGUUGCUUCUUCAUUAAUAAGUCUUAGCGAAGAGCUAACUGAUGACUAUGAAAUUGUACCUGUUUAUGUGAAAUCAGGAGCCAUUGCACUCCUUGUUGGUUGGGCUCAUUUAAGAGUUGGACAUUUAUUAAAAUUGAGUGUAAUGAUAUUCUCAAUUUUUGUUUUAUUAAUUUCAUUCUCUCAGAUGGAAAUUUUUGACAAAUAUUAUUCAAGUAUUGAAAAAACUCACUACGAAUUCGCGGGAGUUCAUUAUAUAAUUCAAAUUGGAUUUCUUCUUACAUUAGUGGCACUAAUACUUCAUGUACUCGACAGAAGAGUGGAAUUCACCUCUAGGACAGACUUUUUAUGGAAAAACAAACUAAAAGUGGAACAAGAUGAAGUUGAAACAAUGAGAGGAAUUAACAAAAUUCUCUUGGAAAAUAUUUUACCAGCUCAUGUGGCUGAUCAUUUUUUAGCAUCCAGAACUGCUCAGGAACUUUAUCAUGAAAGAUAUAGCAGUAUAGCUGUCAUGUUUGCUUCAAUUCCAAAUUAUAAAGAAUUUUAUGAUGAAACAGACAUCAAUAAACAAGGACUUGAAUGUCUAAGAUUACUAAAUGAAAUAAUUUGUGAUUUCGACAAACUUCUAUUAAAACCCAAAUUUUCUGGAAUCGAGAAAAUUAAAACAAUUGGAAGUACAUAUAUGCUCGCAUCAGGACUAAGUCCUGGAAAAGAAAGUGGUGAAGGAAAGGAAGAUCAUAAUGUAAUUGUUCUCGUCGAAUUUGCAAUUGCUCUAAUGACAAUUUUGGAUCAAAUAAAUAGAGAAUCCUUUCAAAGAUUUAAAUUAAGAAUAGGUUUAAAUCAUGGACCUGUUAUUGCUGGAGUUGUGGGAGCUCAAAAACCGCAAUAUGAUAUUUGGAGUAACACUGUAAAUGUUGCUUCGAGAAUGGAUAGCUGUGGAGAAAUGGGUAGAAUUCAAGUGACUGAAGAUACAGCAAAAAUUUUGAAAAACGCUGGCUAUGAAUUGAUAUGUCGUGGACCGACAUUUGUAAAAGGUAAAGGAGAACUGACAACAUUUUUCGUAAAAACAUGUUUUGAUGACAAAGAAGAUAGUUAUUAAUUUUUAAAUGUCAUAAAACAAAUUAUAUAAUUAUAUAACUUCUCAAUUGACAUUGCAAAAAAAAAGAGUCAUAAUUAUAAAUUAUAUUAACUGUCUAGUUGAAUUCGCUAUAAAAAUAUAUUAAAUAUUUAAUAUUAUUAGUUUUCAUAUAAUUCUUAGAUA